AUGGAUGGAUGGAGGGAUGGAGGGAUGGAUGACGAUGGACCGGCCAGGUUGGUGAGGGAAAGCGAGUCGUCGGACAGCGACGAGAUAGAUGCGAGGAGCACGAGGGCGGUGAUUGGCGGGGUCCCGAGGGCGGGACGGGGACGAGGGCACUGGCUGGCUGGCAGCGGGCAGCGGGCAGCUGGCAGCUGGCAGCAGCCAACAUUAGGGAGCGAGCGAGCGAGCGACCACGACCAGACCAGACACGACGACACGGGCCCUGGGCGACUGCUCGCUGCAGCGGGAGCGGGAAUGCUGUGCUGUGCUGUGCUGUGCCGGCCUGGCCUGGCCUGCCUUCUUGGCUUCGGCUUGGCUUCAAUGGCUUGGCUUGGGUUUGCCAAGGCAGGAUAG